CCGAGUUGCCGUGGGUGGGGAUGCGCGUCAUUUCCGCCCGCGGCGGUGACGUCGGAUCUUAUGGGGACCGGAUGCCAGUUGCCGGCGUGAAGAGCUCGGAGCAGGACGUGUGUCGUAGCGGUCGUUACUGUCAGCCAUCAUGUCUUCAAGUAAUGUAAGCUUGCUUCCUACACUUGGCCAAGAAGGUGAUCACACUUCUAAACUUCUUCGAAAAUCCAAGGAGUCCCCAUUUGUUCCUAUCGGUAUUGCUGGGUUUGCAUCAGUGGUAGCCUAUGGACUCUACAAAAUGAAGACCAGAGGGAACAAAAAAAUGUCAGUGCAUUUUAUCCACAUGCGUGUGGCAGCCCAAGGAUGUGUUGUGGGAGCAAUGACUAUAGGAGUUCUGUACUCUAUGUACAAAGAAUAUGUUGUGAAGCCCAGAGAAGAGAAAAAUGCUCUCCUUCAUAAAUGAAUUGAAAUUUCUACAGUAUCUCCAAUAACUUAAUUUUAGGUUCUUAAGUGUACCGCACACUGAGGGGAUUAGAAUUUUUCUUGUUUUAAAUAUUUGUAGAAUAUGUGCUAGAUUUUUAGAUUUGAUUUUUCUCGAAGUAUACUGAUCUUACAUCUACACAGGGUAGGUGAUUUUCCAUGAGAUGAUUGCUGUUGUUUGCUGCAAAGUGUCAUAAUUUUAUCAAAUGUCUUU